AUGAGAGUCCUACCUGUCUGCUGCGUCCUGCUCGCUUUCCUGGUGGCGGCCGAACAAGUAACGGCGGACGGGCAAUUUGUGAAGCUCUGCGGCCGGGAAUUCAUCCGAGCCGUGAUCUAUACCUGCGGAGGAUCCCGAUGGAGGAGGCUUCUGUCUGGGCAGCCCCAAGACAUGACAGACAGAGACGCCUUCUUCGCCUUGCAUGCUGUAGAUGAGGACUCGGUGGGACCGGUGGAAUAUCACGUGCAGAAAAUAAAUUCGGAGAACCUGCAGGAAACAGAGUCUUCUGAGGAGUUGUGGGGGUUAAAGAAGAACCCAGCCCAAGAGAGACGCGACCUGAAUGAACUGCUGACCACCGCCUGCUGCAAGACCGGCUGCAAGAAGAAGGACUUGAGUUCACUUUGCUAG